UUUCAGGACUCCACUUGCGGAAACGUCGCUGAGGAACAGACGCUGGAUGUGGCGCUCCUGAGCACCGAGGACGCCCAAACUACAACCAUCUUUCUCGGACGUCGUGGCCGCGAAUUAUCCGUUAUUUCGGCUGCAUUCAUGAAAUAGCCUGACAUCGUUGGCGCGGUUUAAAAAAGAUGAUUUCGCCGUGGGACCGGUGGUACUCGACGAGCUGCUGCCUUUGCUGCCAUGUACGGACUGGCACCAUUAUCCUGGGAAUAUGGUAUAUGCUCAUCAAUGCAGUGGUCCUACUCAUCUUGUUGUCGGCUCUCAAUGACCCAGUUCAGUACCGCUACCACCUUACCAGCUCCGAGCUGGGAACCGACAUAGAUGUCAUGGACGAUGCAAAUAUCUGCAUAGCCACUGCAAUAUCCCUACUCAUGAUUCUUAUAUGUGGCAUGGCAACAUAUGGUGCUUACAAGCAACAUGCUGCUUGGAUCAUUCCAUUCUUCUGCUACCAAAUCUUUGACUUUGCCCUUAACACACUGGUAGCCAUAAGUGUGGUGGUUUAUCCCAACACGGUCCAGGACUACCUCCAGCAGCUGCCGGGGACAUUCCCUUACAAAGAGGACAUCAUGUCCACCAACAACAUGUGCCUAGUUUUUGCAGUCCUCCUCUUCAUUGGCUGCAUCCUCUCCUUCAAGGCCUACCUGAUUGGCUGUGUGUGGAACUGCUACAGAUAUGUGAGCGGCAGGGGCACCACGGAGGUCCUGGUUUAUGUCACCACCAACGACACCACACUCAGUGAGUUGAUACCUCUAAAUGUUCAAGGUAAGGAUUUUAGGAGUCAAUAGAUAAUUAAUAGAUAAUAGAAAUAGAUCUUUAACUUGCAAAGGAAGUAUUCAAGAACCUCAUUGACCUCAACCUUGAACCACAAUAUUUUGUUCACUGUGAGAUAUUUUUUCUCCAGCAAGAGAAAAGUGUCAUAAAUUGGAUUUAUUUUUUUAAAUCAAAGAGGCAAAAUAAUUCUGGUAAUUUACUGUUUCAGAAAAGAAAAAGCUCAGGUCGCAUAGAAUGUCUAUAUUUUAAUUACCUGUAUGUAAUGGAAAAAUUCCAAACUUUCUUCUGAAACUACAGUUAUUUCCAUAUCGCAUAACUUACAUUUUCAAGAGGUUCAGGUUAAUGUGGUUCUGCUAUAAAAUCUCAUCAACUUAAGAGGUAAAAGACAGUUAGGUGAAGAUGCUAUGUGUAGUUUUUUAACCACUGGGGAAUUAUUGACAAAUUAGAAAUGAGAACAUGGACAAAGAGAGAACGUUCUGCAAAAACUAUAUCAGUUGUGGACCAAUAUUAAAAUCCUACACAUAUCACUUUAUGUUGCAGUUUAUAUUGCAAGUUAUACAGUUAUUGUUGAUUGAAUGGUACUUAGUAGGACUCUUUAAUGUUAAAAUAGAUAGUUUAUAUUGUAGAUAAUAGUAGAAUAGCGUACACAAUAACGUAGCAUAGUGAGGAUGUCCAGGGUCCACAUUCUGCUGUGGAGUUGUUUAACUCUUCCAGUGCAGUCGGUGCUGUAGGAUGUCCUUAGUUGUAGUUGGCUGGCUGAGCAGAGCCGCCUGUUGUCCAUCUACUUGGCCUCCUUGGAGUUGUCUUCAGGUGUUUCUGAGAGGCUUUAGCGUAGUCACUGUUUCCAUUUGUCUGUCUGUUUGUAAUCCUCCACGCUGAUACAUAAGACAUUAAUAAGUCUCACACCCGCUGUUGUCACAAUAAGCAGCACUUCACCUGUCUGUCACUUUGUCCUUGUGCUGUCACGGCCCUGCCUCACAGUGCUGACGUUUUUCACCUUAUGAAACAGGCUGCGCACCCAGGAGCUAAUCCAGCAGUGCCCAAUGUCACAGUGUGUAUCAUAUGGCCUUCCAGCAAGCAUUGGACAAGUGCCAGUCAUUUUGUCCACAGCAGAUAUGAUGAAGGGAACAAGCUAUGUUUUUUUUCCUUAAACAGAUUUUAAGAGGAAGAAACAGAAUGUAUUCUCAUGAAAACAUGCUGUUUAGAAAUACUUGAUUUAGAAAUAUAUUCGCCAUUACAUAUGAAAAACAGAGAUUGGAACUUUGCGAACGUGCGUGGUUGAGCAGGUAAAUAUGAAGCCUAAAACAGAGCAAGCAAAAAGUACAAGAUGUGAAACGGGUCUAAAGUAUUACUGAAUUCACCAGUAAACAACAGAGAGUUCAAAAAGAUGUAUUAAACUUUAUACUUCCCUUUUAGCCUCCAAUAAAAAUGAUUGUGAAAUGUUGCAUGGAGAAAACAGUGAGUUUGUAAUGAGCUUAAAUGUGCUGCAAAAUAAAUGAGCCAGGGAAAAAUACAUAAAAAAUAGUUCUCGUCUGAUUACCUUUUAUUGCUUUUUGUCAGUUUUUAAGCUCCAUGUAUAAUGAGCAUGACUAAAAUUGCCAAAAAGAUAUAGUUAUAAGUUGCUUUACGGGCGCCAUGAAUAUAGAAUUACAAAAUAUAUGACAUUUAAACACUUACUUAACUUGACAUCUCUGUAGUUGACUUGUGGAAUAAUCGGCUGUUAAAACUCUAACGUACGUAUGAAUAAAUGUAUAAUACAAAAUCCAGAAUCUGUUCAGAUCGCUAAAGAAACAAACCUGAAAUGUAUAAACAAAACAAAGUAAACAGCUGAUACAACUAGGUCAGAGUGAAGGCCUGAGCACAAGCUGUGUGAAUUUUAAUUACAGAGGUAUGAGGGAGCAACUUUUACCUAAAUGCAACACAUAUCUGGUGCAGAUAAACAGGUCAAAAAACUCUCACAUGGGACUGGAUAGUGACAACAUGGUUUUAUCUCUGCAUUCCGUUUCUCCACACACAGUUUAAUAGAGCGCUCCGUCUAUUUUUACUAUUGGAAAGCCGGCAGUGUGUCUAAAUGGCUUUUUAUUGCCUCGAACAUCAAGUACCCAGCUGCUUAUCUUCCGUGCUUUUAUAUAAAUGCCAUUAAAAUGCACAAGGGUCAUCUCUCUCUCCCUCCCUCUCUCUUUUUCCCCUCUACCUCCCUUUAUAUAUCCCUGUCCGUCCUCCUCUCUUCUUCUGGACAUGUUACAUAAUUGCCUGCUUGUCUGCUUCAUUUCAAAUCCUCCCUGUGAUGUGUUCGCCGGGCCUCCCUGGCUGUUUCACAAUUCCAUCCCCUCCGAGCAUAUUCUCUCCCUCGCUUCCUCUCUUGCUCUGAAUUAGCAGUAGCGCUGGUUUUAUAACACCAUUUAUAGAGGAAGACCUUUGAUAGAAAAUGCAAUCGGGCCUGUAAAGCGGAGGGACGUGUGAAAAUGUUAUCUUUGCAGCUUGUCAUUCCUUAAAUAGGGAUGGAAUAAAGGGCAUUAAAGAUGGUGAGAAGCUGUGUUUAAUAUGUAUAUAUAGUGCACAGUAUUUUCUGCAUGUGAACAUAGUGGUGAAAAAUUCCUACAAUGAAACAAAAAAAAGUGGUGCCCGUGACAUAUACACAACUUUGCGGCAGUUUCUUAAUACACUGGGUUGUAUUUAAUAGAGUCGGAAAUGACAAGUUUGUGGUGUUGCAGCUUACAGCAGUGAUGAUGCAAACUGAUGAUUGUCUGUUUAGUGAACUGCAGUGAGUUUAUUAUAUAAGGAGUAGUGAACGAGUGAAUAUGGCAAUUAUUUCGGGCACAGCUUAGGGUAAGACUGUGUAGUUGUAGCUUAACAGCAGCCUCUGAGACUGUUACAGAAUAAUAAUACCAACUAAACCUUGUGUAACGGCAGCAUAAGUAGAGAAGAGGUAAUGAGAAGUCGGGAAACUUACUAUGUAAUUUCACUUACACGGUGUUUUCUGAAGCUAGUAUGAGAAUAACAAGGCUUUAUUUGCAAAACUGUUGAAUGGUUAAUGGUGCAUUUUAUAGAUUUUUGAAUUCAACUUUUAAUUUCUAGGAAAAAUAAUGCUUUUUCUGUCAAAUGUUAAAUAGUUUCACUUUUAAGCAUUAAACUUCAAAGCUACAAAUGA